CCCCUCUCUCUAUACAUCUAUGUAUAAAACUCAUCUCCUCCAUAGCCAAGGAGAAGACUGAAGAACCCUCUGAAAAGGGGAACUCAAAGUUCAAAUCUUGAUUCCGUUUCAUGUUUCUAUGAAAAUGGCUGCAAAUAUCAGCGGUAGGAAAAUGGAUGUCGAUCGGAUUAAAGGGCCGUGGAGUCCGGAGGAGGACGACCUGUUACAGCAGCUGGUUCACAAGCACGGUCCCAGAAACUGGUCUCUUAUCAGCAAAUCCAUACCCGGAAGAUCUGGGAAGAGCUGCCGUCUGCGGUGGUGCAACCAGUUAUCCCCCCAGGUGGAGCACCGCGCGUUUACACCAGAGGAAGACGAGACCAUAAUUCGGGCUCAUGCCAAGUUCGGCAACAAAUGGGCUACCAUAGCCCGCCUUUUACCCGGUCGGACCGACAACGCCGUCAAGAACCAUUGGAACUCCACCCUCAAGCGUAAGUGCACUUCUCUCAGCUCCGAUGAAGGUAAUUUUGAUGAUAAAAACGAGUUCCUCAGUCAAUCGGAGCGGCCUCUAAAGAGAUCCGUCAGCGCCGGGUCGGGCGUGCCAGGGUCGGGUCUUUGCUUGAGUCCUGGCAGCCCAUCCGGCUCCGAUGUCAGUGAUUCGAGUUUGGCGGUGAUGUCGGCUUCGCAUGUCUAUAAACCGGUGGCGAGAGCUGGCGGCAUCGUACCGUCGUCGGCUGACGACCCCCCUACUGGUCUCAGCCUCUCCCUACCCGGGGUGGAGUCAACUGAAUCAACUAAUCAGAGGGCCGAGUCAACUCAACCCACACCUAAUCCCAUCCAACUGCUUCAAGUUCUGCCCACUCCCCCCUCGUCGCCGCCGCCGCCACCACCGCCACAAUCAUCUUCUCCCAAAUCGGCAGCUCCACCACCGGCGCAGAUGCCAUUCAGCGCGGAGUUGAUGGCGGUGAUGCAGGAUAUGAUAAGGGCAGAGGUGAGGAACUAUAUGAUGGGGUUAGAGCAGCAACACCAGCAGCAAUACGUUCAACAUCAGCAGCAGUAUCAGCAGAUGUGCGUUCAACAAGCCAAUGUGAACGAAUCAGCAGGAUCGAUUGAUCAUUUAGGAAUGGACGGCCGGAAAAGAAACAAUCUUUGUUUCUUGUUUAGUCUGAAUUUUCUUCUUGAUCUUUACCUUAAAAAUGGCCAAAAGAAAUCAUUUUGGUGCAUAUUGUACAGUGAGAGAGAAAGGAGAUGGAUCCAAGAGUUUAAGAGAGAGAAGAAGAGAGAUUGCAUCUGUUUUUUUGUCCAUCUCCCAGCAGAUUUUAGGAAAAAAGACAAAAAAACAAAAAAAGGAAAAAGAAAAUGAGAACCAAGAAAUGAAAAAAGUAAUUUAAUUUGAAUUUCAAUCUGCUUUCAUUUCAACCCUUUUGCUUUAUAAUUGUUUUCGUAGUUUUUUGCGAAACCUUUUUGGUUGUGAACAAAAGAUUAUGGUAAUAUGGAGAAUCAUAUGAUGAAAGGGGCUGAAAUCAAGACAAGAAAAGAAGUUGGCUGAUGCUGAAAGUUGGAGAAUGGUUAGUCAGUCAUCUGUCGUUUGAAAUUUGAAGUAGUUUGUAUCCCCACACACUCACUACAUCUGGGUUGCAAUUGGUUGGUUGAAAAUAUGCUUUGAAAUAA